CUGGAUCCUUCUCGAGUCAAGAGCAAAAUCUAUUUCAUCACGCUCGUCCCAAUUGCCUCAGAUUGGCAUAUAAAAAGCCCAGUGACCGCUCUCCCAUCAUCAUUAUGAACGUAGGUUGGGCUCAGACCACAACUUCCCGCCGGAACGUGCAACCCAUUCCCAUCAUGAGCACCACCGAAACCGUGAACUUCAAGGCCUACCAUGAGGACGAAAUCCGUCGUUUGACCGUGGACCUGGAUGUGAGUAUCAACUAUGACUACCUCUGCGCCAAAUUAGGACAUGUCUUCCCAAGCUUGAAGCGGGACAACUUCCAAUUGGCGUGGACCGACAACGAAGGCGAUGAAAUCCGCAUUUCCAGCAGCGAAGAACUGGAGAUUGCUUUGAAUGAAAUGACGGGCAGUCCCUACCGGAUCCGGAUUGUCCAGGUUGGCGGGCCGAAGGCCGAGCCUAAAGUCCCACCCCAGCCCGCCCAUGAGGCCCAGGGCGAGCAGCCUGUCCAUUUGAAUGUCACUUGUGACAAUUGCGAUGGCCAGGUCAAGGGUUAUCGCUACAAGUGUGUAGUUUGUCCGGAUUAUGACUUGUGUCAAACUUGUGAGGCGCAGUCUGUCCACCCGGAGCAUUCCAUGAUCCGGAUCCCCAAACCCGAGAUUACUUGGCCCGGUCAUUUGUACCGACGCUUAAGUAAGCUCAACUCUCGCAAUGAAAAACGCCAACAAAAAAUGAAUGGCAAUGCGCCGGAAAUGGGACAAGAUGCCUUGAAAGGGCCUUGGGCAUGUCGUGGUCCUCGCUUGGGGGGUAACCUAGGCCGACCUUUUGGAUCUCGUGUGCCUCGUGGAGCCCCACCCUUUGAGGGCGCCCAAAGAUUCUUUGAUAGCAUGCGUUGUGCUUGGUUGGGUGAGGAACCCACCCCAGGUCAAUCGCCUAACCCCCAACCCUCUGGUUUUGCCUCGGGGAAUGAUUGUAAGGGGCCCUCGGAUUCCCAAGCUUCAGACCAGGCUCGCCGACAGGAAGAUGUGGUCAAGCUCCUCAGUCCCAUGCUGAAGAGCAUGGGCGUCACCAUUGAGCAGAAGGAGAAGAGCUUGAUCUUGCAAAUCACGGAGGGAGACAAAUUUCCCUUCAAUGCGGACCUGAUUUUCCGCAACAUUGAGACCCACUUUGGCGCCCUCCUGGUUGGAUACGGUGCUCAGAUGAAGACCGACCCAAGCCAACGUCGAAUUGUCGUGACCUUUGAAAACUUGCCGGAAGCCCCAGAAUCUCCCGAGUCUCAAGAACCCACACCUGAACCUGAAGUGGUUGUGUGCCAUGACCAUUCGGCCGAACCAUCCAAGCCAACUGGAAGUGUAGAAAUUCCCGUGACUGUCACUCAAUCUGUGACCAAAACCCACGACCACACUGAAGCUGCGCCUACCAGCUCGUCUGAGGCAGCUCGCCAAUCCCCUGAAUCGGAAGAAGAUUGGAUUUUGUUGAAGGAGCCUGCUGUUGGAACCAAGCCCAAGACCAAUUACGAAGUCCCAAUUCAAGUGAGCAAUCAACCAGCGUCAGUUCUCUACCCGGAAUUACCCAAGAAUGAGCAGACCCCACUCCUCCCAAAAGAAGAGGGAGUUGCCAAGCCAAAAGAACCUGAAAAGGUGACCCAGGCUGCUGUGGAGCAUGCUGACCCUCGGGUUCGCACUUCAAUGCAAGCCAUGCGGAAUAUGGGGUUCAAUAACAUGGAGUUGUUGAUGCCUCUGUUGGAAGAGAAGAAUGGCGACAUUGGACAGGUCUUGGAAAUGAUCUUCCAGCGGUCAAGCCAUGUGCGAAAAUGAGACCGCCACUUGAACUAUCCUUAUUGUAUUUAGACUUCUAUUUACCGGUAAAAAGGUGUUUUACGAAAAAGCAAUGCGUCCCAUUGCCAUAAAACCAAAAAAAAAAUCCCUCUCAUGUGGCUCUUACAUCUUCUACAUCUAAGAAUUCUAUGUCUGGUUUGUUGUCAUAAAGUAAAAUGCAGAGAAUACAACUUGUUGUAAAUCAAA